CCCCCCCCCCACCGACGCAAGAACCAGGCCACCCUGGGGUAAACUAGGCAGACCUCCAAUUGUUUAUGAGCUCUGGAGAACAGUACUACUCAAACGCGUGGUGGUGUAUACUGGUUGAUAUUACCUGUAGGAUGCUGCUGGUAGCUCUAGUGCGCUUUUCUUCACCGCUGCGGCUCAAAAUUUGUUAGGCAUUAAAUUGGCUGAGAAAGUUGGGGUGGUAAUUCCAAACAUUUGGAUGACUUGGUUCAAGGUUGCCAGUGUACCUGCCAUUGUUUCGCUUCUAGUUUCACCACUAGUUUUAUACAUAAUUUAUCCUCCAGAAACCAAGGACAUUCCUGAAGCCCCUGCUAUGGCUGCCAAGAAACUGGAAAGCAUGGGUGCUGUUACGAAAAAUCAAUGGAUUAUGAUUGGUACAAUGCUUCUUGCGGUAUCCUUAUGGGUCUUUGGAGAAACUAUCGGCAUACCAAGUGUUGUGGCUGCAAUGAUUGGUUUAUCUAUACUUCUUUUGACAGGAGUCCUUGAUUGGAGUGACUGUUUAAAUGAAAAAUCAGCAUGGGAUACCUUGAUUGGUUUACCAUUUUCUGAUGCUUACUGGUUGACUCUAUCAGGAUUCAUCAUUUUCCUUGCUUUAAUUUGGGUUCUGCAAGAAAUGACAACAGUCCGUAUUCUCCGUUUCGUUAUUCUCUUUAUAGGUGUGAUGAACAGCUUGUUUUCAGUAUAUGAUAUCUAUGAUGAUUUAAUAUCUCGAAGAGUCAACUCCAGUGAUGCUGAGAAGUUUGCUGAAAUUUGUCCUUGUUGCAAUGGAGUUGGAUGGGGAGUCAUAUGGGGAAUGAUAUCAUUUACAUUUCUUUGUGGAUCAAUGUAUUUGGGACUUGUCAUCUUAUCAUGAGGAUUAGAGUCUUGGGUCCAAACUCAUCUUGGGGUUGCAGAGAACUCAUAUAUAUGUGUUUCAUUCCAAAUUUUGUAGCCUGAUUCAAUUGAUACUAAAAAAUAUUUAUGCCUUCAUUCUUUUAACCCUUUUUAUUGAGAGUUACAUGUGAUUAUUUUCGUAAUUUUUUAUAGGAGCUUUUUAUUUUACUCAUAUAUAUCUAUUCUUGUAGAGAUUGGAGAGUGAUUUAAACAAUUGACAUGAACUGCUUAAUCCAAUGUGUAUUCUUGUAGAAGAGCUACUAUUGGUUUGAUUCUUCUUGUUCUUGUUCAAUGGCAAAGUAUUAUUGUAGUAUUUGCAAAUUUUUUGAUGAUGAAAGGUAUGCACCUUAAUUUCUAUUGGAGCAACUUAAUCAUCAAUAUGUUCAGGUAUUAUACUAGUUUUAGCAUUCACGUGCUUGCAAUCAGAUUUUGAUUUUAAAUCUUUCAUUUAUAGUUGCAUCUUCAAUAUUAUUUUACCUUGAGGAAUAUUAUUGGACAUUUAGAUGAAAUUAUUCAUUUUAACUUGGCGUUAUUAUAUGCCUUUCUGAUUGAAAAAAAUUUAGACUUCAGAAGCAUGCCAUAUAUGUACUUGUUACCAUUUAUUUAACUUUCCCUUUGUAUGAUAGCAUAACAAAACACUUUUAGUACUUAGGCCAUUGUAGAAGUAGAACUGUUAAUUAGGCAAUUAUAAUUGUUGGUACUUAUUAUCACUUU